GAAGAUAAUAAUAACAAUGGAACAAAAAUAAAAGCAGCUUCCUUUUUUUUUUUAUGAGUUUUUUAUCGAUUGAUUAGUUAAAAUUCUGGCAUACCAAGUUUCUUCUUUCUCGAUUCUCCGCGGCCAUGCAAUUGAGAUUCGAGUUUAAGGUUUUCGUUUGAUACGGAAAAGGUCUAUCCAUUUGUUUGUGUGAUAAUGGGCGCGAAUAUCUCAGGUGGUUUCCCGGAGUUUGACCGGAACGGUGAAGGUUACUCGAGGAAACCCAGAUUGGUGGAUUUACCGGAGAAUUGUGUCGCGUUGAUUAUGAUGCGGCUUGAUCCACCGGAGAUUUGCCGUCUUGCUCGUCUCAACAGGGUCUUCCGUCGCGCGUCGUCAGCUGAUUUCAUAUGGGAUUCGAAGUUGCUUUCGAAUUAUCGUGUUUUUGCACGGAAAGUGUUUGAUGAAAUUACUCUUAGGAAACUGAUUAAGAAAGAUGUUUAUGCUAAGCUUUGCCGGCCCAAUUUAUUCGACGGUGGCACAAAGGAAUUGUGGAUAGAUAAGAACACAGGCAAACUUUGUGUGUCGAUUUCUUCAAAGGCACUAAGAAUUACCGGAAUUGAUGAUCGGAGAUACUGGAGUUUGAUCCCAACCGAUGAAUCCAGGUUUCAGUCAGUUGCAUAUGUUCAACAGGUAUGGUGGUUUGAAGUAGGAGGAGAGUUCGAGAUCCAGUUUCCACCUGGAAUAUACAGUCUCUUCUUUCGUAUCCAGCUCGGGAAAACAUCCAAGAGACUUGGACGUAGAAUCUGCAACUCUGAACACAUUCACGGAUGGGACAUAAAGCCUGUUAGGUUCCAGCUUGCAACUUCAGACAACCAACAAGCUGUUUCACUCUGUUAUGUAGACAACAACCCUGGAACCUGGAGUCACUAUCAUGUCGGAGAUUUCAAAGUGGAAGAUCCAGAUUUAUUAACACGAAUCAAAUUCUCCAUGACUCAAAUCGAUUGCACUCACACGAAAGGUGGGUUAUGCAUAGACUCUGUUCUUAUAUUACCUAAAAAAUGUGCACAAGAGGCCAUUGGAUCAAAAUAGUUUAGUAGAUAUAGUUUGAGAUUUUUGUUGUAAAUGGUGAGUGAAUCUUCUACUGUGAAAUAUUCACUAUACUGGCUUUUUCUUGAUCUGGGCUGCAUUCUCAGGAUGAAUCUCAGAUCUGGAACUUGUGUACACAUGGUUGGCUUGUCUCUAGUUUUGUCUGUAGUUACAAGAUGGUCGUGAUUGUAAAUACAAAUUUUUCUCCAUGUAGAGAUUAUAUAUAAUAGUUCCUUGUUUUUGCA